AGGGCUGGCUUCCAGGAGCCAACCAUAGAAGUGGAGGGGUGAGGAGGAUAAGACAAAAUUGUAAAAGGGCAGAGCUGCUUUCUGGCAUAAGGAGGUCUGUCAGACCGUGAGGGGGCUGGCAAAUGCUUGCAGUUCUGUGGAUGUAGAUGUGUAUACACAUAUGUGAAGGGAGUUCAGGACUGACUGGACAAGAUUUUUGUGUACCUCAGGAAGCUGCUUUCCACAGUAAGGCUUCAGAGGGUUUAAGCAUUCCAAGAGACGUUUCAUUCUCUGAAGGAAAGCAAUACCCCAUACGAUGGUUCUUCAGCUCAUCCUUCUGACGCUGUCUGGAGUCCUGAUCUCCUCUGUGAAAGCUGCGGAAUACCCUCAAGGACCUCUCCCAACAUUGUGGAAUGAUCCUGCAGAGCUGCCAUCAGGUGGAGGGCCCUUAGAAACCACCACCCCCCGCUUCUCAGAUUCUCCAGGUUUCCAACCUUACACUUCUGAUUAUGAACAAGAGGACACAACCCAGCACCAGCAGCUGGAUAAUGGAAAUGGAGCCAGGAGAUGAGUAGGGCUACUAUGACUUGAGAGAUUACUCCCCCCCCCACUGAAAAAAACAUCCUUGAAAUCUAGAGAGAACAAAACCUACACUGCUUUGCCAGAGGCCUGCCUGAGAUUUCUGGUACAGACUGGGCGAUAUUGAUCAUAAUGUUUGCAACCAAUAGUACAUUUCUUUACCCUGAAAAUAUUCCUUGUGCUUCCUUAAGCUAUUUCCCUCAUUAAUAUCAGUGCUGCAUAACGGUCUGGCAUGUUCUGACUCAGCAAAAUAUUGUAAGUUAUGUGUGAUGUUAGCUAGCAUGGGGUAUGUGUGUGGAGAGAAGAGCCAGGGCUCCUUAUCCCCAUGCGUUGACCUGGAUUACCCUAUCUGCUAAAUAUAGUUGUCAACUACUGGCUUAAAGAGUAUGACAGAAGGGUUUUACGCACAGUGUUGCUUAAGUUCCUCUGGUACAAUUCAGUGAUUAUUAUCCUCCUGGAAUUGCAGUUUUGAGCUAAAAGUAUAUGCUGGAAUGUGUAAUCCAGUCACGCAUGCAGAUUUUUCCAGCCUGUUACUGCCUGUGGGCCCCCAUGCUUCCCUCUCAGUCUCUUGCAGAGAACAGUCUAAGGAGUUUUUGAGGGUUCACAGUUGGACCAUUACUCCCCACCUUCAGUUGUUGGAAGUGUUUCAGGAACAUUUCAUUGGAGAAAACUCUUGAGUGUGUACCUUUUUGCAUACAUUUUCCAUCAGCCUUUUCUUGUU